CUCCUAGGCGUUGUCAAGGUAGUGGAAGGAGACGUCUGGGACCCCAGCCUCCUCAACUCGACUUCCAAGGAAUUUAGGGACAAGUCAGCCAAGUAUGCCAACAUGCUUCAAGCGGCGUAUCGCAAGUCCCCCCAGCUCAACAGCUCCCUGAGCAAAGUCACCAUAUACGCGUUCCGGCAAGGGAGCCUCAUCGUGUUGUUUGAACUUGAGAUAGACAAACGACGCACCCCAACUGCCAACAACCUAGAAACGAAAUUCAAGAAAACGCUACAGGAGGAAAUUGAGAAAGGACCCAUGGGUGCGUUCGGCAACCUCAAGAUUGACGAGAACGCCAUUCAACUCACAGAGAUGUCCGAAAACAACUUGCUACCAUACAGCGACUUGGAGCAAGACGUCGCAAAUAAAAACCCGGACCCGAACAAUAAUUUGCGAGACGACAAAAACGACGUUCCGCCAGCUGGAACAAGAGAUUAUUGGUCGAACCAAAACGACGCUGACAGCACGGGUCACAGAAUCCCACGCGAAAACGACAGCUCCCUGGGUCCCGACGAAUACAAUUCCUGGCAGCCUUUCUUUCCGGAGCAGCAGGACACAGACGCGGACGUCGAAGGAACCACGUGGGACGACGGCCCGACCGAAUUGGGUGACGACUCAGAUACGCUUCCAGACGCCCCCAUCAAGUCGUCCGAUGAGUCAUUUCAUGAUACACGCAACUUAACUUUUGCCGACAACUCUUCAAGGACGCCCGCGACAGUUUUGCCCUCACCCAGUUCUUCUCGUGAAUCGGACAGUGAAGAACCACUGGAUGUAACAAAUUUGGAUUCUGAUGCACCUUCGCAGUCACAUUCUAGUCAAGAUAGGUUUACGAAUAGCACCGGCACGGAAGUAAUCGAACUGACAGUCGGAGCGGGCGUGGUAGUGAAAGCGGAUAAAAUCCCGUCAGCACCUUCCAAAAAUAAGACGACAAGCCCGGAGGCACUGAAACCUUCGUUCAUCAACAUACACCCGCCGGAUGACGUAGCAACGAUGCCCGAAAAGGUUGAAAGUGUCGAGAAAUCAGAUUCGCGAGCGAAUGCAAGUGCACCGGCCCUACCGCCCAGCGGUUCUGCGCAGGUCCUACACGCGGCUGCAAUUCCUCAAGUCAAAGCGCAGCCAUCGGUCACGAAUGCAAGACCACCGUACAAGCCGCUCUUAACCUCCGAGAUCACAGUGGGAGCCGGAGUUUCGAUCAAGACGUCCGAUAAUGCCCCCAAGAAUCCUGCUCAGCAAGGCGUGGGUCACGCUUGGCAGAUAGAAUCGGAGACGUCGCCUCUGCGGGGAAAUACGCAAACCGAACCUAAGAUACCGGUCCCGCACCGCACUGAGAAGCCCGAGCCAUUAGACGAGUCAACGCACAGACCCAGCGAGCCGACGUCUUCCACCACAGAACUCUCAGUAGGAGCGGGGCUCUUCAUCAAUUCGCAGCCUUCCGUCCACAAGAACAACAGACGGAAAGAGCCCUCGACGACAGCACGUCCAGUGAGCUCGACCACCGAGUUCGAGAUCGGGGUCGGUCUUUACAUUCGACCUCCGAACGCCCCGAGUGGGCAAGCACGGCCCAAGAACCGUACUCGUGCUCAGGAGAGACCCGCAAGGCCGGAGCCACAAUUCAUCGACCUCACGGCGGAGGCCGAGGCAGUACCGCACCGACCGCAGAAACCAGCGCCAGUGUCCGGAAGGCCGACCGGAAGACCUCCGGGAGUUCCGCAGUUUGGUGACCCGCCGAGCGAACCCAUCCGAAUCCACGGCACAAACAAAGGGAGCGCCUUCAUUCCGCUGGGGGGCACGCGGGAGGGCCACCAUCUCAAGCAUCCCGAGCUGAACAUCACGUCCAUCUCGGUCCACCAGACGGUCAGCACGAGCUCGGGGGACCACUCCGAGAUUCAUUCGGUGAUCUAUUCGGGGGCUCAGAACGCCGGCGGCAUCGCCAAGUUCAUCUCCGGAGACCUGCCUUCCAAGGCGGACGCGUACGACUCCAAGUACACGCCGGUCGACGACGAGAAGGGAGGGUACUUCGACAAGGUCAGCAAAAACGGGGACAAGCAUUCGCGACCAUCGUCCACUACUGAAGCCCCAACGUUGCAAGUUGUCACGAGGGUCACAUAUAGCGUUGUCACAAGUGCGCCCCUGCCGAAGGACUCGCUUCACGACAAUGACAUCACGAAGCACUACGAAGACAGAAGUGGUCCCGGUCAUACGUCUACGACUCUCCUGGUCGUGCCAACCACAGUGACGGUACGACGAGAUUGCGAUUAUUUGAGAGAGAUACAGUGUAAAAGCGGGGAGUGCGUGCCACAGACUGCACUCUGCGACCGAAAGAUGAACUGCAGGGACGGGUCUGACGAACGCAACUGCUCAUGCAAGGACUACUUAAAACACGAGAAACUCCACCACAAAAUCUGCGACGGCAUCCUCGACUGCUGGGAUUUCACCGACGAAAUAUAUUGUCCUUGGUGUGAUCCUGGGAUGUUCGUAUGUCCUGGGGCGAAGCAGUGUGUCUCACAGGAGAAAGUCUGCAAUGGGAACCACGACUGUCCUUACGGCCUGGACGAAGUUCAAUGCGUCGGUCUCGUGGACGAACGGGAAGAGUCCACGUCCAUGUCUUCCGGGCAAGGCUACCUGCAACUCAAGAGGAACGGAAUCUGGGGCAAGCUCUGCAUCGACCAGUUCCCACGCUACCUCAGCAACGAGACCUGGUCGCUGGGAGAAAUCGGACACGCGGCCUGCAACACGCUCUCUUACAGAAAAGUCCUCGCCAUCCGAAGGACCAAAGACAAGGCUCGUAAGGAAGGCACAGUAUACUUUGAGAUGAGGCAAGACAACGAAGACAAAUCGAGCAUUGCUCUCAUGUACAAGGAAACCAACUGCCCUAGGAAGGAGGUCCUUCACAUCACGUGCUCCACGCUAGAGUGCGGAAUCCGUCCUCUGGGCACGUUCGUGCGCAAGCGCAUCGUGGGCGGCCACAGCUCCGCUCCCGGGUCCUGGCCCUGGCAGGUGGCCCUUUACAAAGAAGGCGAGUUCCAGUGCGGGGCUGCCCUGGUCGGGUCGCAGUGGCUCAUCACGGCGGGGCACUGCUUCUACAACACGCUGACGUCUCACUGGACGGCGCGACUCGGGAUGCUCCGUCGGGGCUCCGAGAUGCCGUCGCCGUUCGAGGUGGUGGCCAGGGUCAGUCACGCCGUCAUCCACCCGCAGUACGUCGACAAGGGCUUCGCCAACGACAUCGCCCUGCUCAAGCUCGAGAAACCCGUCGAGUUCAGCGAUUACAUCCGGCCCAUCUGCCUUCCGACUGAUGGUGAGACCGUCAGACCCCGCCAUACGUCAUUUUGUGUCGCUGUCGGCUGGGGCAAGCUUCUUGAAGUUGGACGGCUUUUCCCUGACACGCUUCAAGAAGUUCCGCUGCCUGUGCUCACAACUGAAGAGUGCCGAAGGAGGACCUUGUUUCUCCCGCUUUACAACAUCACAGAAAACAUGUUCUGUGCUGGAUAUGAAAGGGGUGGAAGAGAUGCCUGCCUGGGAGACUCAGGGGGCCCCCUCAUGUGCCAGAAAGCAGACGGCCGGUGGUCCCUGGUGGGUGUCACGAGCAACGGCGACGGCUGCGGAAGGCCAGGCAGGCCUGGCGUUUACACCAAGGUUAUGCGCUACCUUCCUUGGAUCCACCACACGAUGGAGACAGAAGGAGUGCCCAAACCACUCGGGAGCUGCAACGGUGUGCGCUGUCGCCUGGGGCGAUGCAUGGCCAAAUCUCAACUAUGCGACGGCACACGGGACUGCUACGACGGUCGAGACGAAGAAGACUGCCCCAACUUAUCGACUGCCUAGCCCUUCUUACUCCCAUCUUUUUGUAGUUUAAUUCCCGUCGCAGGGGGUCUCGCCCUUAGCCAAACUUGCACUGUGAUACUUUUUGAGAUACGUUUUGCGAGGCCACCAUUUUACGGCGGAACGUGUCGUCAUGUGUGCAUGAAUGUGUGUCUGCGUGCGUGUGGUUUCAUACGGUGCUUCUCGACUAUGGCAACUCUUCAAAUGAUGACACUUCCGGCGCCUCCGGUUCAACUUGUAUCAAGCCCAUUCGGAGUGCGGUACUUGGGCAAUGUGCAUUCCUAGGCUAUACCUAGAAUUGCUCGGUGCACUACUUCACCUUCUCUGUUUAAACAUGCUCACGAUGCACCUUGCAUACCAUUAAAGGUCAUUAAAGGUCAAUGCACACGUCACAGUUUACACGUUUGUUUGCCUCUCCUCUCCCGCAUCAUCUCCCUCCACCGUUACCAUUGCAGUUUGGAAGAGGAGGCAACCGAGAGAAUUUUCUGCCUUGCAGAAAAUCAAUGUUGCACGUCGGCCUUUAAGUAAAUUUAGCCUCAUUCAACUCUGAAGGCUGGUUCAACCGCUACGACUUGUCAUUCAUAGCCAUACGACAUGACAUUGAAGCCAGUAGUGGCUUCCCGGCUUCUCGCAUUUUCCUCACAAAGUUUGUACUUCAUAGAAAGUUAGCAACCUGAAAAGUAGUUUUCACGCUCGCUUUUAUGCUCAACAAACAUUUGCGAGCAAAUGCCAAUCUAACAUUUAUGCUAACGUUAUUCCAAUGUGUAUAUUAAUCUUUACACCUGUGUUAUACCGAAUUUAGCUUUUAUAAUCCGUUUCAUCCAACUUGGUGCGGGUGUCCUUAGAACAAAUUCAGCACCUGAAUCAAUCGCGUACAUUCUGCAAUGAUUACUGAUUAAACUAAUUCUACUAAUAACUCCACCUCAUCUAAUCUAACCCUUAAUGGCAGCACUUUUGUUUCUUUUCUCUAGUCAGUCUUAGACAGCAGUUUGUGGGGCACAGCAUCUGUUGACAAACAAGCCCACUGCUCACCUAAUUUAAAUGGUCAUCUUUUGUGUGCAUGUGUACAGGUGUGGAUGAUUUUUUCAUACCAUUCAUUUUUUUCUUGACUAUGUGAAUGAAUAAACUUUGGUGACUGCUCAUGA